UUUGGUAUGACGCGGCCGGGGAUCGAAUUCGGACGGACGCUCUACCACAUGACCACGGAGGCGGUCAGAUGAUAUGUGAGAUAUAAUGUUAGAUAUUUGGAUUAUAUGUUAGAUGGUAUGUUAGAUGAUAUAUUAGUUGGUAUGUUAGAUGUCAUGUUAGAUGGUAUGUAAGAUGGUUUGUUAGAUAUCAUGUUAGAUGUCAUGUUAGAUAUCAUGUUAGAUAUCAGGUUAGAUGUCAUGUUCAUGAUAUGUUAGAUAGUAUGUUAGAUGUCCUGUUAAAUGAUAUGUUAGAGGGUAUGUCAGAUGUCAUGUUAGAUAGUAUUUGCUGCCAAUGUAUAAUUACAUGUUUUAUUCAUGUCUCGCACAGUGUUCAACGUGACGUUAUUCAGCAUCAUAAAACGCAUGCAGCAUUUUUAGCAUUUUUAGCAUUUGCUGGUCUUACUAUGCCUCAAGAAACACAAGAAAUGGUUCACAGUCAAAUACUGUUAAAGCAUACGCAGAAUGAAGAUCAUAACAUAUGUGUAUGUAUGGAACACAUGUGUUUACUCAAACGCACGAGGAACUCAACAUUACAUAAUGUAACUGGUAACUCAAGACAUAUAACACAUGAUAUUGACUACAUGGUGUUAUAUAGAAAAUAAGAAUUUACAAUAUGUACAGAGAAAUUAGCAAUUUUUUAGGGGCGCCACCUCAUGCUUUGAGUGCCCGUCAUAAGUUCUAUUAAAGUAUUUCGAUGUUGUCGGUUAGUCCGUUAAUUCUGAUCGACAACCAACUCAAAACACUUGAGUCAACCCAUGUCGCUUCACUCAAUAUAUUUGCUAACACCAAAGAGUUCGCCUUGUAUUUAGUCAUGGUAGAAUGAAGAUAAACAUACUGUGUUUUAAAUGUAGAACAUGGUUACUUGUGGAUUUAACCGCGCUUAAUUUAACAUUUGAAACCUCAAGCUGCGCGUUCGGUUGAACUUUAGAGGAUACCAAAAGAAACCUGAUAUGAUUUUAGUAUGUUUUCGUAAGGUCGAUAAUAUGAACACCAAUAUCCCCCUAAUUGUAUUACAUAUACCCAGCAAAUAUGUUCACAUUAAAUGUAUGUUAUAAACCGAUUAACUUAAACAUCAACCAAACUUUGAAACCUGCAAAUAAUAUUACAAGUACAUACAUUCCAUACAUUGUAUUGUCCUACUGACAUACUUAAACUGAUAAAAAGUGCUCAACCUUCACCUGGUGUUAUAUUUGAUAAGAUCUGAGGUCUGUAAAGUUUAACUAUAGCCAUUUUAUUUGCCAACAGAAGGCAAAAUGUCUGUUUUGCCAGUUUUCGCUGUUUUGUGUAUUUAUUGUGUGCAACAAGUGAUCCUCCAGACUCCACAGAUUUCCAUUAAAGUUGAUGUAGAGAAGGUGAUCCAGGACAUUGAUGAGGAUGUAUUCAUGGGGGUCACGCUGGACUGCUACUUGAUGCAGGACAAUUGGGAACGAUUUGACUUCAGAAAUGGACGUAUGUUGAAUCUUGCAAAGGGGAUCGGUCCAUCGUUUCUCCGCAUCGAGGGUACGGCAUGCGACUCGCUUACCUUUGACCCUAACCGACUCGGAAAGAAACAUGUUUCCAAAUUGGUUCGCCCGCCAUUUACAACAAAUUUCACCAUGACAGCGGAAGACUGGGACAAUUUCAACAUGUUUGUGAAGAAGGUUGGAUGGAAGAUGAUCUUUGGCAUCAACGCCAAGAAACGAGAUAAAGCUGAGUGGGAUCCAUUGAAUGCCCUUGUAUUGUUGAAGUACACUGAUUUGAACUUGGAAACGGCAAGCGUUUGUUUUGUUCAUUUACCCACUUAAUUAUUUUAAGUCAUUACAAGCAACAGACUAUGAACAUCGUCUUCCCAUCUCUUCCUAGCCGUGAAUGUAUACCACAUUCGGAAGAGGUGGAAAUCUGAUGGUACGAAACCCGGAGAAUAUGAAUAAUGAAUUCAAAGCCUGUCAACUGGCUACGUGACAUGUAGAGUCGUCGAUCAAUCAAAAUCAUAUCCUAUAUCUUAUCAACAUUUGGUCUUCUUGGUCUUUGGUCAUCCUCAAUGCUUUCUCUUUCCCUCCUUAACUCCGCUGGCCACCUAUGAACAUUGGUAAAGAAAGAGGCAUAAUUUCUAAAGUUGACACCAUGUCCUCAUGGAGGCUGUUGGACAGAUAUUGAUGACGGACAAUAUCUACAUACUUUAGUACAUGCACACAUAUGCGGCCUGGUUGUGUAUUAGGUUCAAAUGCAGCCUGAAAGCAUGGAGAGUAUUGUACUGAAUACAUGCAAAUUGUUACGGGUGUUCUAUACAUCCUCAGUAGUUAGACUUGCGUCUUCUAAGCAACCACACGUAGCUCACGGCCCGUGUUGGAGAAUCUCGCCGUGUCGAACUUCUAUACAUCCUCAGUAGUUAGACUUGGGUCUCCUAAGCAACCACACGUAGCUCACGGCCCGUGUUGUAGAAUCUGGCCGUGUCGAACUUCUAUACAUCCUCAAUAGUUAGACUUGGGUCUCCUAAGCAACCACACGUAGCUCACGGCCCGUGUUGUAGAAUCUGGCCGUGUCGAACUUCUAUACAUCCUCAGUAGUUAGACUUGGGUCUUCUAAGCAAACACACGUAGCUCACGGCCCGUGUUGGAGAAUCUCGCCGUGUCGAACUUCUAUACAUCCUCAGUAGUUAGACUUGGGUCUUCUCAGCAACCACACGUAGCUCACGGCCCGUGUUGUAGAAACUCGCCGUGUCGAACUUAUGUGUGGAUAUACAUAUACAUAUACAUAUACAUAUACAUAUACAUUAAGUAUAAAUAUGCAUGCUAGAUGAUGCCAAUGGUAUUUGAUUAUCAGAUUAAACCACAUAUAUUUUCCACUGUUUCUAGAGAUAUAUGUGUGAAUUGUGUGAAACAUGUCGACACAGAACCUGAUGAUUACCCCAAGAGUUGGGCGCUGACUUUGCUGUCUUACAGAGAGCAUUACAGUCUCUGCCAUUUGUCAUUGAUCAUCAGCCCAGACACUACCGGUGUCAGACAGUAAGUGGACGAGUAAGUGUGCGCCACUGCACCAACUUGUUGUUCUUGAAACGAAAGGUAUGUUCAAUGUACUAUAGAUAUGAGGCAAUCGCACGGUGCUUUCUGAUCCUAACUUGUUUAGAAACGCCGAUCGUGAUUGACAAGAUUGUUGGUCAUUUGUUAAUACUCAGGAUGCUCGUCUAGAGAGAGAGAGUCUACUUGUGUGAAGUAUGAUCCCUUGUGCUAUAUGUGUUGAAGAUCAGUUUUGUUCGCCCUGUUGCAUUUUUUUGAAAGGAGAUUGUGGAGGUGUUAUCAUCGUUGCUACACUCCACCAGUAAGUUGUCAAAUCAAAUUAUUAACAUUAUUAUCUUUCCUAUUUUGAUGUAUCAUUCUAAAACUUUGACUGAUGUUCCUUCAAAAAAGGUCUAUUAUUUUAAUGUUGUUUCGUUCACCGCUUUUUCUUCUCAACAGUUACUACUUUGAUGGUAGACAUUCAGUGCUCAGUAUGUUCAUGGACACAAGCAUAAUGGACAGCCUCAAGUCUAAGAUCGAAUCUUUUCUCUCUAUGGGAAAUGCCCGCAACCCCGGGAAACCAGUGUGGCUGGGCGAGACGUCAUCAGCCUACAACACAGGAACUCCCGGGAUAUCCAACUCAUAUGUUGCAGGAUU